GCUAAAGAACGUAUAGCCAGCGUAGAGGCGGAAAUACAGCAUAGGAAUCGGACACAAAAACAUUAUCUUUGGCUGUGCGUGACUGGAGUCUUUGACUGAUCAAGAUGGCGGGCAUGUUUGGAUGUGUGGUGUCCGGAAGACUGGUCCAAACAGAUGCUCAACAAGUUGGGCCUACACAAGUUGUCUUCAACCUGGCAGAUGCUGAAUCUAUCCAUCAUGUUGUUGUCUUCCUUACUGGUACAGUACCGUUUCCUGAUGGGAUGGGCGGAGCUGUCUUUUAUUGUUACCCUAGUACUGAGGGGCCUGCCUGGCAGCUACUUGGAUUUCUUUCGAAUGCAAAGCCAAGUGCCAUAUUUAAGAUAGCAAAGGUCAAACCUGAAGAAGUUGUUCAAAAUCCAUUUUCAUUUCAACAAAACCAAGACCACACUAUUGCUCAAAUAGGCAUAUCCUUAGAGCCCUUGGAUCAGCUGGCUCAAAUGACACCAGCUUCUGGAGCUACACCAUCAAAAUUGAACUCCUUUGUGGAAUACACCCAGAAAAUGCUUCAAAAUUUUGUCAAUUAUAUCACUUCAUUUGCAAUGACGCAAUCACAGAUGGUGCCAAACCCUUCAGAGAGCUAUGUUCCUAUGAGUGCUGUUCAAAAAUGGUAUAGUAAUUUUGAAAGAAAGCUAACAAAUGACCCAAACUUUUGGAAACAUUGAACAUGUAGAAUAGAGUAUUUACAUUGUGUAUUUUUGACAUAAAAGUAAUAGAUGGAAUAUAAUUAUACAGCCCCCCCCAAAAAAAAAAAAAAAAAAAAAAUUAUAAGAAAGGGACUAGACUGCUAAGUAGGCAAUCCCAAGCUAGCUAGGCUCUGGAACAAUAAAAAAAAAGUUCAUGGCCAUAAUAGGAUUGUGUUUUACAGAUCAGCCCUCAUAGCUAUUGCCACAAGUGCUUCUGUUAAGGCUUUUGAAAAUAAAAUAUUCUAGAAGCCUAAA